UCACUUCCUGUUUCUUUAGGGGAACGUGGCUUUCCCCGCAGCGCCCGUCCCUCCGUCUGCGUUCCUGCUGCAGCGGCCGGAGCUGGAGUGAGAGCCCGAGCGCAGCCUCGCCAUGGACUCGGCCCUCAGCGACCCGCACAACGGCAGCGCCGAGUCAGGCGGCCCAGCCAACGGCACGACGCGGCCGCCCUCCACGCCCGAGGGCAUCGCGCUGGCCUACGGCAGCCUCCUGCUCAUGGCGCUGCUGCCCAUCUUCUUUGGCGCCCUGCGCUCGGUGCGCUGUGCCCGCGGCAAGAAUGCCUCGGACAUGCCUGAAACCAUCACCAGCCGGGAUGCCGCCCGCUUCCCCAUCAUCGCCAGCUGCACACUCUUGGGGCUCUACCUCUUUUUCAAAAUAUUCUCCCAGGAGUACAUCAACCUCUUGCUGUCCAUGUAUUUCUUCGUGCUGGGAAUCCUGGCGUUGUCCCACACCAUCAGCCCCUUCAUGAAUAAGUUUUUUCCAGCCAGCUUCCCAAAUCGACAGUUUCAGCUGCUCUUCACACAGGGCUCUGGGGAAAACAAGGAAGAGAUCGUCAACUAUGAGUUUGACACUAAGGACCUGGUGUGCCUGGGCCUGAGCAGCAUCGUUGGCGUCUGGUACCUGCUGCGGAAGCACUGGAUUGCCAACAAUCUUUUUGGCCUGGCCUUCUCCCUUAAUGGGGUGGAACUUCUGCACCUGAACAACGUCAGCACCGGUUGCAUCCUGCUGGGUGGACUCUUCAUCUACGACGUCUUCUGGGUGUUCGGUACCAACGUUAUGGUGACUGUGGCCAAGUCAUUUGAGGCGCCAAUAAAAUUGGUGUUUCCCCAGGACCUGCUGGAGAAGGGCCUUGAAGCAGACAACUUUGCUAUGCUGGGACUCGGAGAUAUCGUCAUUCCAGGGAUCUUCAUCGCCUUGCUGCUGCGUUUUGACAUCAGCUUGAAGAAGAACACCCAUACCUACUUCUACACCAGCUUCGCAGCCUACAUCUUCGGCCUGGGCCUCACCAUCUUCAUCAUGCACAUCUUCAAGCACGCCCAGCCUGCUCUCCUGUACCUGGUACCUGCCUGCAUUGGCUUUCCCGUCCUGGUGGCGCUGGCCAAAGGAGAAGUGACAGAAAUGUUCAGCUACGAGUCCUCUGCGGAAAUCCUGCCUCAUACCCCGAGGCUCACCCACUUCCCCACGGUCUCGGGCUCCCCUGCCAGCCUGGCCGACUCCAUGCAGCAGAAGCUAGCUGGCUCUCGUCGCCGGCGCCCGCAGAAUCCCAGCGCCAUGUAAUGCCCAGCGGGUGCCCACCUGCCCGCUCCCCCCACUGCCCCAGCCCAAGUUAUGAGGAGUCAAAUCCUAAGGAUCCAGCAGCAGUGACAGAAUCCAAAGAGGCCACAGAGGCAUCAGCAUCGAAGGGACUAGAGAAGAAGGAGAAAUGAUGCAACUGGUACCCGACCCCGUCAGGGCCAGACCAGCCAGGGAGAUGGGCUGACAGGCGUGCAUGGGAGAGGGUUCAGGACACUGCUCCAGGGACUGGGACGGGGGCAGCAGGAUCCCUCCAGCUAGGUCUCUGUGGCCUCUGUUUCCCUCUCCCCCCUUCUCUGGCCCUCCUCUGCUCUCCUCAUCCCCUGCAGGCAAAGGAAACCAACCCCCAGCUUCCUCCCUCCCCCGGAACCAGGUGGGAAAACUGGGUGUGAUUUUUAGAUUUUUGUAUUGUGGACUGACUUUGCCUUACAUUAAAAACUCAUCCCAUGGC